UGGCUCUACACUAGUAUUUCGCGUUUGUGAGUGACUGUGUUCAAAUGUGGGAAGAGAUGAAGGUUGUUCAAGCGGUGGAGACGGACUGCAGGUAUGAAGAGGAACAGGAGCUCCAGCAAGUGGCCUGGCGAUUUAUGAAGAAGAGAGAGAAGGUGAGGAAGGCUAAGGAAGAGAAGGAAAGGGCCAAGGCGGAGAGGGAGCGCAUCAAGGCCGAGAAGAAGGCACUGAAGGCUCUCAAGAAAGCCAAGGACGCGGGUGUUGUACUCCUCGAGAGCGACUUACAG